AUGAGGAAACCUACUGACACAGCUAGAGGUGGGAGUCAGAGUAGAGUUGCUACUCUCAGAUGUUACAUAUGUGGUGGACCCCACUUUGUUCAGGAUUUCCAUCAUACCAGGAGUAGGUGCUUCAAGUGUGGCCAGAUGGGUCACGAGUUGACCAAUUGUCUUGCUAGGGCUAGACAGACUAGGAGUGCUCUGAGAGGUGAUAGACCUACUACAGCUAGGAGGGUGUUCACCUUGACCGGGGCCGAAGCUUCCACUUCAUCUGAUCUAAUGAAGGGGAAGGGUAAAACUAUUAGUAAGGAUGUGAUGAUUUUGUUUGAUUCAAGAGCCUCCCACUCUUUUAUUUCUUAUGCAUGUGCUAAAAUGUUGGGUGUGUCUGUAUGCGAUUUGGGGUUGAGACUGCUUGUGUUGAUGCCCGCUUUUGCUUCUGUUGUUGCUUUUGAGAUGUGUGUUGGUUGUCCUUUAGAGAUGGGUGAGAGGAAAUAUAAGGUGGAGGAUGUGUUGUUGAUUUUAGCUAGCCAAGAUGAAAUGUUGAUGAGAGAUGGAGCAGAGUGUUGUAUUCUACUUGUUGCGAUGAGUGUGGGUACCGAGAAGGUUAUUGUUGACCUAGAAGUUGUAAAGGAUUUUUCAGAGGUAUUUCCGAACAAGGUGCCUGGGUUACCUCCUACUAGGGAGAUUGAGUUCAGGAAGGCCAAUGUAGUGGCGAAUGCUCUUAGUAGGAAAUCCAUCCACAUGUCUGCUUUGAUGGUAAAAAAGUUGGAACUGGUGGAAGAAUUCAAGGCUUUGAAUCUCUGUGUGGAGUUGUUGGGAACUGAGAAGGCGGAUGGUUUUGAAUUGGGUGGAGACGGAAUUUUGAGGUUUAAAGGCAGAAUUUGCCUACCUCGUGAUUCUAAGUUUAAGAUAGCUAUUUUGGAGGAAGGCCAAAAGAGUAGACCUCAAGAUGACUUUCUGGUGGUCUGGUUCAUGGAGGAUUUGAGUGAAAAUGAAGGUGAAAUCCAUGGAGUUUUAGAAGUUCAGAAACCACAGCUAUAG